AUGUCCACAACCUCUGCCCAGAAUCCUCCGAGAUGCAAGAGAGGCUGGCUGAAAUGGGCCAAGGCCCAAAUGCACCCAAAGUACGCCGAAGUACAUGACUUGGACUUCCAACUCCGCCGAAUUAUCAACACCAUUUCCUGGGACAAGAUACGCAAGAGAGUACUCGUCACUCAGGAGCCGUCCUACAUGCGACUUCUGGCCUUCCUAGGCAAUGCUCAGAACCACAGACUGCGUCCGCCUUCGCCGGUGGACUGCGAGGCAGUGAGAAUAAUGAAUGGCGGCGAAUUCCCCGACAUCAUCUCAAGCCUCCUCAGGAACGCAGGCUGGGAGCCCAGCGCAUGCACCGAUCCGUUGCUGAUUGCGAUAGAAAGAGUCUUGCGUCCUCCGCCUCCACCUCCACCAGAGCAGAAGGAGGAAGAUCUUGCUCCAAAGGAGCCGAUACCUUAA